AUGGAUCUUAUGUUUAUCUGGACAUACCUCUUAAUUUCCACUGUGGCCCUUGUGUCCUGUGCCCGGGAUUAUUACGAGGUGCUGGGAGUGAAGAGAAACGCCAACGAUAAGGAGAUCAAGAAAGCCUUCCGCAAACUGGCCAUACAAGAAGCAUAUGAGACUCUAUCAGACGAGGACAAGAGGAAGGAGUACGACAUGCUGGGACAUGCUGGCUACACACACAAGCAGACAGGCGGCUCAGGGGGCUCCGGCGGCCACCAGGGACACGCCUUCCACUUCAACUUCGACGACCUGUUUGCUGAUUUUGACGCUUUCGGAGGCGGGUUUGGCGGUGGCGGCUUCUCCAGUGACUUUGACGAUGAUUUCUUGGACUUGGAGGACUUCUUUGGCCACAGCUUUAGGGGGCGGGACCAAUUUGGCUCCCACAAUACAUUUUUCGGCCCCGGUGGCCAUUUCCGUCAGGAGGACCACAUGCGCCGCCACAGGUCCGCCCACAACCAGGCCCACCAACAAGCCUUCCGCAGCCAGUUUCAGGGCCAGUUCCAUGACCCGGGCCACGAGUUCCAGCAGUACCAGCAGCAGCCUCACUUUGGUGCAUCGGGUGGCCGGACUUGCAGAACAGUCACUCAGAGGGUCGGGAAUAUGGUUACUACAUAUACCACUUGUAGUUAA